CGCCAUGUCAAUGUUCUAGCACAUAAAUUCUAUUAUAUCGUUCCUAUUUCCACAUUGCUGUCGUGUAUUUUCUCGCGGAUUGUCUAAAAAACUUUUGAUCCAUCAGUGAAGCAGCUAUCAGCAGAAUGGGUUCAUUCGGAGGUCACGCCUUACCAGGGUCCUUCUUCAUCAUAUUUGGAAUGUGGUGGACUCUACAGAUCUCAGUGCGAUACUACCGCGCCAGGUACCGUAAAGGUCCGGCAUAUCGUUCCACAGCCACAUUCCUGUGCUCAUGUUUAUGCGGUAGACUGGCGACAUGGCAGAUCGAAGGGUUCCUCAAAAUUUUCUUCACGACAGUCGGCCUUACCGGCGAGAUUAUUACGGGUUUCAACGACAAAGGAGAAUUUCAAAAUAUAGGAAACGGUCAGCAUGCUACGAUGUUUUUCAUCUUCGGAUUGAGCGGGUUGGUGGAUAUCCUUCUUCAUCAUAAGGUAUCGCUCCCUAAAAACUUUGAUUACAUCGUUUCCCUCAUUGCUUUUGCCAUCGAAGGAAUCCUUUUCAACUUCCACCUGCACGGCCGACAGCCAAUGGAUAUUCAACUCCACAUUCUUCUGGUCUACACGAUAGUAGCAAACGUCAUCACGAUAUUAACCGAGCUCCGUUGGCCCAGAAAUGUUUUAUGUGCGUAUGCACGUGCCUACUUUGUAAUCCUCCAGGGCACGUGGUUUUGGCAAGUCGGAUUUAUUUUAUAUAACCCCACCCCAGGUGCGGUCAAAUGGGACGAGGAUGAUCAUGAACAGAUGAUGAUAACAACCAUUAUGUUCGGCUGGCAUAUGAUUCUCAUAUUGGUGUCAAUGAUGAUCACGAGUCUUGUCAUUGGUUGCAUUGUUCGGAGAGGAGCGCCACCUGGUGUUGAAAAAGAUGAUGAGGUGGCGCUAGCGCAGCUGAUCAAAAAGGACGCCAAUGGACAAACGUUUGUUUGUCUGAACGAGGAGUCGGAUAGUGAUAUGGAGUACGAACGUCCUUUACAAAAUGGAAGUCAAAACUAAGGAGCUUUCUGCUAACAAACAUGGAAAGAACUGGUAAAGAAUGACAUGUGUUACAUCAAAUACUAAAGACCGGUCUUUAUCGAUCUUUUUUAUUCUUUGUUAUAUUGAUUUUAUGUAUAGUGGUAGAUAGACAUUUUGGUACUCAUGCUACUGCAAACUUCGUUGUUUACCCUGAUCUCCAAAGUAUUUAGAUCAAGCGCUCAUUUACAUACAUACUCUUCAGUCAUUCAGUGGUAUCUUUUACAUCAUAUUUAUUUGUGGUAUCACCCCAGGCUGUCCUAAAAAUACCAACCUUGGUAUAAAAAAUGUUGCGCAUGCAACCAGACAAAUUAUGUGAAGGCUUGAGAUUUGAAAGUGUUUUUGACAAACAGCUUCAGUGUGAAAAUAUGAGAAAAGAUUAUAAAUGAUUUUAAAAUAAAAGCAGAAAAGCCUGUCAUCUCGCCGCAUGUUUUUGUCAAUAUGUGAAGGGUCGCGUUAAAUGAGAUAAACUUUUUAGGCCAGCCUUGGUAUACUUUGCACUGACACAACUGAUUAUAUCAUUAAUGGAUACACUCUGUAGGUAUAGCACUUUACCAAGUAGGCCUACUUUCAUGUGCUUGUGUAUUUCAGCACAUCCAGUGUAGAAGUCCUCUCAGAUCUUUUUUCUGAAUUAUUCUAACAUUAAUACAAUAGACAUAUACAGUGAUAAUCGCUAUACUCAGUAUUUAGUCUUAAGAACUCAUAUACUCGCAAACUGUAUACUCAUUGAUAUCGUAUUGAUAUGCUCAUUAUAUCAUUGGGGUAAAACUCUUGCGUACAGUAAUGGUCUACAGUAACGUCACUUACAGUGUACAGCAAUUUGGUGUGAUGCUCUUGAAUAAGGUAUGCUUAGGUCGUUUUCCUGUGCCGACAAAAUGACACAGAAUCAGCGUCUGUGAACCAGCUUGUCAUGGUGCCAGUUUACAAAAUAUAUGGCAGGAUAGUUGCAGCCCUUAUGCAUUUUAGGGGUUUCAAUCAGCACCACAAUUGAACAAAAUGUAUCGACCUUGUAUAUCCUCCCUGUCCUGUUAGUAAUAUUUUGUGUAGAUCUAAGGAUGCCAUUUUGCUAUUUUGCUAUUUUGCCAUUUUGCACAAUGUGCACAAUUCUUGAUAAAGUCUAUUGCUUGAUUUAGAAGCCGAUUAUCAUGACUAUUAUCAAGUAUACUUGCUAUUAUGUAUUGGAUGGUGGGGAGGGGGGUGCUUUUUGGUGUGUGUGAUAUUAGAGAAGGAAUGAUUACCUCUGUACAUUUAACGAAGUUUUUAACAUAUCUGGCAAAGUUAGCUCAUUUUGUUGAAGUGUAUAUAGAUUUUUGGUUUGAUUCAGGUUGCGUGUUAUUUAUUUCAAAUUUUAGUUCAUCGAACUAUUUAGCCGUCCUGUUGAACUCAUUUAGAUGGAGCACACUAUUAUUGUUAGGGCCCAUAAUCUGUCCCUUCUAAGGAUGAAAUGUGCUGGAGCCUUGUCCCCCGAGUUAAAUUUUUUUAUGUACCAUUAAGUCAAGUCUCACCCUCCUGCAUACCGUAUAUAAUGUAGGUAAAAAUAAUAAUGAUAGCAAAUGAAGUAUCUUACUUUAAAAUCAAGAUUCUAAGUUCCCACAUUUCAUCUUUAGUUGAGACCGAUACAGGAUGUCCUUACUGUUGGUAUUUGUUGUAUAUUUUUAUAGUGAUAUUGUUUUUCCAAACAUCUGUUAGUUAUAGUUGGAGUGUAUUGAAAUAAUCCUAAUUUUUUAUGUCGCAUAGUGUUACCAUAUCAUUAUACCUUACUUAUCAAGGGGAGAAUAGUUUAGGAUAGUCUUCUGGAGUGGAAUUCCAGGGCUGGGUGUUUUUGGUCCAGGGAUGGGGGGGGGGGCAGAACACCACUUUUUACUCCAAAACUCUGCCUGAAAAGAAAAUCUUUGGCAAUAUAUGGGGGAGACGGCAGUUGCCCCUUGCCCUCCCUCCUAAUAUGGCCUGCUGCCUCAUCUAACUCCAAUGAUACAUGUACAGUAGGUCUUUGUGAAUUCCCAUUAGAAUUCACAUUUGACUGAAUUAAGUGUGAAUUCCCAUUAGAAUUCACAUUUGACUUAAUUAAGUGAUGUUAUAAUUCACCUGACUCUUUAAAAUUGCACAUUUGAUUGAUUACGAUGAUGCAUGGUGUCUGAAGGGUCCACCGACACCACUAAGCAAUAAUAACUCGCCAUUACCACCAUGGCCCUUGACCGGAGAGGCUGUGGUCACCGUUUUAUUUGGUCGGUUUCGUUGCUCGAAGUCCAGGAAGCCGAAAUGAUAUAACCAGGUAGAGGUUUCAGCUGUCUAGGUUCCUAGUUGAUGCACAGCUCUCUAUUUAGUAGAAAUAUGCACUUUAUUUCAAUCACAUGUAAAACUCGGUAGAAAUUAUUCAGUGUCAUAGAAUAUUUUCUCAUAUGUCGUCUACCAUCUGGGGAUAAUAAUGAAACAAAGUUAUGCGAUAUCCUGUAAUCACUAUUCCCAGCAUGCAAUAACAACAGCUUUAAUUCUUAAAGGCAAGGUCUGUUCAUUUUGAAACUUUGACAGGCUAAAGACUGUUACAUGCCUGAUUACAUGAUGCAGUACCCACUUGUUGCAUGCAGCGAACUGUCUGACACGGAUUAUAAACAGUGUGCAUGCCAAGUUUCAUCACACUGGCUUCUGUAAUCAUUCAUAUUGCACUACAGCCGUGUUAUAUAGAAUUUCUCGCAAACCCAUAGGCCUCAAUAAUGUACCAGAUGCUCAAACAUAUAAUUAGCCUUUAAAUCCAUGCGCUAUGGAGUGCCUAGAAUUGCUAGAUGGUCCAGGUGCUGUCUCGCAAAUCGGAAGCCGGAAUCAUGUGGCUGCAUGGUGAAAUUUAGUCUCGGCAUAGGGCACCAAACCGAGUCCUUUCAGCCCUCUCAAAUCCAACAGACUAUGGAUUAUUGCGAGUCUAUUGUGGCCUGUAACUCAUAUAAUUUGAUCCGGUAUCUUGUCAUCCAAUUUCUUCUUGUAACCGGAAAAACGCCGACCGACCGACCGACCGACCGACCAUCCGACCGACCCAGUGCAAUGGACGUGAUGGAUUCCGACAUGUCUGACAGCAGCAUCUCCAGUCAAUUAUACCGGGAAAACGAGCCCACGCGGUAAGGAACUGAUAACGAUACUCUAAAGAUAUGCUUUGUCUACAUGGUCGGUGGAUAUAAAAACAUGAGUUGGGCCUAAUCUAUGCACUGUAGUUUUUCUACUCGAGUGUCUCGACCGAUGCAAUGCAGACGUACUUGUUGAUUUGAUGAACUAUAUAGAUAUCAACAAUUGGUCUAGCCAAGUGGGCAUCAAUCCAAUUUCAAUGUGUUAUAUACUUGCCCUUGCCACAUUCCUAUGAGCUGGCCAUGUAGAAUUAGCGGAAUGAGUGGAAUAAGCGGAAUGGGUGGAAUAAGCGGAAUGAGUGGAAUUAGCAGAAUAAGCAGAAUGAGCGGAUUCUGGGCUUCAAUCACCUGGAAAAGCCAGUAUUUGUCGCGAUGAUCGUCGCCAUGCCUGAACUCUGAAGACGAUAGGAGGUAUGGUAAUACAGCGCUGUGCACGGCUGACGACUGAACUAAACUGUCCCUACAGACCAGUUUUUAUGCCCUCAUUGCGAGUCAUGGUUUAAUGACUAUAAAAAGCGAUUUUCAAAUAAUCUUUGUGGCAUAUCGAACAAAUUAAAACUUAAUGAAUUCAUUAAGUUUCAUUUUGUAUGAAAUUAUAUCAUAUUUUGUACAGAAUCCGCUCAUUCCGCGAAUUCUACAUGGCCCCAUGAGCUACACUCCGGACACAUGUAUGCCCUGGGUUGCUAGAUCAAUGAUGCAGGCUGCCGUGGAAACCAAUAAAAAUCAUGAUUUAAGAUGCGAGCAACGUAGACUGUAGAUUUAUAGGAGUGGCCAAAUGAUAUGCAUGUGUUCUCCAAUCCAAUACAAUAUGAUAUCCCAUGACUUUAAAAUAUAGAGACCUACCGUAAUCAGAUAGAAAAUGUAAUAGCCAGGGACUUCGGCCCUAUCUAAUGUCCAAUAACAGCAGAGUAAUUGCUUUAUUAACACAAUUACCCCGCAAAGCAGUCAGAUUUUAAGUCUCGAUGCCGCUCAUUACAAGCCCACCGAUAUUGUAUUUGCUGUAUUUACAUUACCGUAUUCAAAGUGAGGACUCGGUAGAAAAUUUUAAAAGCAAAUCAAACUGUUUUAAAAUGGCUUGAAUGUUUUUGAUGUGCCUAUUCUAUAUACAGCUGCAGAUAUUGAAAUAGGCCUUGCCAAUCUUUUAUUUGAUAGGAAGUUGAUUAAAAAUGCACAAAAAGCCAAGAUAUGGAUACAUGUAUCUGUUAGUGGAGAUUUUAUUUUCAUUGGAGAAUUCGCCACCUGCUGCUGCAUUCAGUCCUUGGGGACUGUUGCUCCUAGUGGCUUAUUAGAACAGACUGAUGCAAUGCAACCUUUGAUACCAAGAGGUGAUGUCAUGGUCGGGUGUUACAUCUGUCUGGUGUUACAUCAUAAGUUAACACUUGUCUUUUGGAAACACUGACAUACAGUAGACCAGGUAUUGCUUUAUGUGUAGGCAAACAGGAACAGUAAACUCAUGAAAAUUUCAACUCUAAUCCAUAAAAACAUUCAAUUCGGCAGCAACUGCAGAAUAUAGUCUACCACCAAAUGAAACUGAGCAAAUCAAAUAAAUUUUAGCUUCCCAAACGUGCGUUUCAUGGUUUCAGUACACUUUUCGAAGAAAACAAAUGUAGCUAACCCUUGUUUUUGCAUGCUUCCACAGAAUGUUGGUCGUAUGGUAAAUGUUUGCCAAACAUCGAUUGGGUCAAUGUGCUUGCAGUCGAUAGUUUGUUCAUCCCAAAUAUUUAUAUUCACUUUGGGACUUGCUGUUGUUGCUUGUUGAUUGAUUCCAAUGCUUGUGGGGCAGAAAGUCAGUGGGGCCAGCUGUUGUUGCUUGAUGAUUUAUUCCAAUGCUUGUGGGGCAGAAAGUCAGUGGGGCCAGCUGUUGUUGCUUGAUGAUUUAUUCCAAUGCUUGUGGGGCAGAAAGUCAGUGGGGCCAGCUGUUGUUGCUUGAUGAUUUAUUCCAAUGCUUGUGGGGCAGAAAGUCAGUGGGGCCAGCUGUUGUUGCUUGAUGAUUUAUUCCAAUGCUUGUGGGGCAGAAAGUCAGUGGGCCAGCUGUUGUUGCUUGAUGAUUGAUUCCAAUGCUUGUGGGGCAGAAAGUCAGUGGGGCCAGCUGUUGUUGCUUGAUGAUUUAUUCCAAUGCUUGUGGGGCAGAAAGUCAGUGGGGCCAGCUGUUGUUGCUUGAUGAUUUAUUCCAAUGCUUGUGGGGCAGAAAGUCAGUGGGGCCAGCUGUUGUUGCUUGAUGAUUUAUUCCAAUGCUUGUGGGGCAGAAAGUCAGUGGGGCAAGCUGUUGUUGCUUGAUGAUUUAUUCCAUUAUGGAAAAUUAAGUGAAACGAUAUAUUUUGAAGGGUGGACCCUGCAGACACAUAUAAUGACAUUGAGAAAAACAGUUGAACUGGCAUAGUCUUUGUAUAGAAAAUGUUUGAAAUAUUUAGUAUAGACACUUCAAAACAUCAUACAUGUAUUUAAAUUUUAAGUGUCCCUCACCAAAUCCAAAGUUAAAUUAUCCUUGGGCACGAUUUUUUUCGGGGACAAAUUUUCUAGGGACCAAUAGCAUUCCGCGAAGUUACUAUUUAUAGCUCACAAGGUCAUUUGAAUAAGAUAUUGAUGACGUUUUAGUCACAUGACAGUCGGACAUCGACACUUAUUUCUACGCAUUUGAGCUUAUUUCAAAGUCAAUUAUCUUUGACCCUGCAUUGUUUUUAGCAUGAAUGAUACCAUAGAGUCAGAGAGAGAAAUAUUCAGAACAAUUAUGUAGUAUUUCCAACACUCGGAUAUGUGCCAGAUUGAAUCUAACUGCCCUAGUUAGAAAGCCUGAAUCCAUUACGAAACCGCAUGUUUGUCUGACAUUGCCUGUAAUUCAGCAAUGGGGAAAUAGAGGGCAGCAGCUGCAGUGACGUCAUCUUCGCGGAAUGCUAUUAACCAGAGUUGCGCCAAACAGAAUGCUGCUUUCAAAAUUGUGAUUUUUCAUGAAUGAGUGAUUUAUAUAUUCUUGCCUCCAAUCUUGGCAUGCUGCCAAUAUACACUUUCGACAUAGCGUUUUUGAACGUAGAAGACUAGAAGCGAGGUUGCUUAGAUCAUGAUUUAAGUGUGCUCUUGUUACAGGCUCUCUGAUUGGUUAAUGUCAGUGGUAGCGUGCGAUCUAGUGAGGAAUAACAGAACCAACUUAUACAGGCAGAUUUGCGUAUUGCGUCAAGGGUUGUUGUAUCGGAGUCCGGGUUGGCGGAGUGAAUCCAAGGCUUGUGGGUCAAGAUGCUGUGCAGUUGGCACUUCGGACAUUCCCUGUACCGUUUUGCUUUGAAAGUUACAGUUGCCAUAAUAUUGUUCAGAAUCUGUCUCAUUGGGAGAUAUGAGGUGUUACUCAUCUCUUUUUGAGAUGGCGCAGGGUUUUUUCAAUUGUGAGGUUCAUGUAAAGGCCUAAGGUAGCAGAUGUGAAAUAUUCAGUGCAUGUCCGGGGGGGGGAUUGAAUAGUGAAUGCCUGUUAGAGAUUGGUGGCCGGCAUGGUGUGACAAACCAUCUGACCAGCUGGAUCACGUCAAUCACCUGAGGCCAUAAAACUACAGUAGUGUUAGUUUCGUUGUGGACCGACUUCGGUUUAUUUUGAGUUGAUCACAAAUGACCUUAAAUGUACCAUUUGAUUCUUUUCGAUGAUUGCUCAUGUUUACCUGUACUGGAGGACAGGAGCCAACAUGACUCUAUGGAACCAUGUACACUGAUAUGACUGAAUUAUGAUGAUCAAUAAAUGCCAGAUUUAUAUAGGGCAAUUCAGUUCCGAUACAAUCUUAGGACACAAAGGUGUAACAGUGUUGAUCCUUCUGAGAGUGGAGCCCACGACCUCCUGAUUAUGAGCCCGGCGCUCUUAUCACUAUGCCACUAACUGUAUCGCUACCUGGAAUGUCACGAAUCACCAUGACUGAAUUUGACAGUCGUUAUUAUAGCCACGCAGUUGAUUCUAAUUUGCUCUCACGAAUUUUAUAAAAAUGAAAAUGAUGUUCAAAAAAUGUAAUUAAAUGUAGCGUGUCUAGCUAUUUAUUAUGAAAUACAUAUCAUUAUCAAUUGUAUAUAUUAUGGUAUGGGCAAUAUAAGACAAAUAUACUCAACUAUGCUCCAGCCUAACUUGAUGAUAUUCCUUGUGCUUGACAACAUUCUCAGUACCAGUAUAUCUUAUGUGCAAGGUUUCUGGUCAAGUAAGUUGGUACCUAUUAUAUAUGAAAUAGCUAUUUUGCUGCGAAUUUGUUAGUGUUUUUGGAGAAGAGUAUUCAUAGUCCAUUUAUUGUACAUAUUCAUGUCUAGAGUCAAGAUUGUCAGUAUAUUGUAUCUGUAAAUACAUGUUUGUUGUUUUUAAAGGGACUGUCAUCAUUUUCUGUAUCAUUCGCCCAACGCCGGUGAGAGAGGUCAACUUUCAAAUACAUCCAAAACUAAAAUGUCAAUUGCUAAGACAUGACCACUUUUUGAGGAGGAUGUAUCCUUAGAAUUAUUUUGGAAAAGAGACUUACUGGACAAUUUUUCAGAAAGUAUUGAAUCGUCCCUGAGUCUUUGUACAUACGGUAAGCCGAAAUAUUUUCAUUGGUGUGCAAAGUUUUCUUUUAAACUUUUUAUUUUAGUACUUUUGGUAGAUUAAAAGAGCUGGUUCAGUAUUCGUCUAGUUAAAAAAUGAUUAUUUUUAUUUUCACACUUUUAUUUGUACAAUGAAAAUACUUGGUUUAUUGUACCGGUGGCUGACAAUUGUUACUUAUUUAAGAAUUUGACCCGUUAUUGUAAAUGUUAGUCUAAUAUACUGUUAUCUAUACUGCGAAUUCUUAAUAUGGUAUCUACUAUCAUGAAUAACUAAACUUAAAGACUAGUCUUUGUCUAUUUUUACUUGUAUCUUAUCUAUCAUGUAUCAGCAGUAUUCCAUCGGGGCAGAUCCGAGAAUUUGGGCAACGAAAAUAAAAACCAGAACGACCCUGUAAAAAUUAAUGACCGAACUACUGGUAAAAUGCUACAGGGUGUUUUCCAAUGUUGCACUGAGGGGAAAACCAAUUAAACGAUACAAAAAUGGUGAAUUUCUUGCAAAGCAACUUAUUUUGUUGUAAGCGCUUUUGAUGGUAUACAUCACUUUCAAGUAUUAUUAAAACAUUCCAGUAUAAAACUCACAAUUUUGUAUUACGCUGCACUUUAGACUGUUUUGCACCGAAAUACUAAAAUAUCUGAAACGUGGAGCAUGUACGGCACUCCAUUUUUUUCUGACGACUUGCACAUCAUUCUGAUCCUCCUCUAAAAACUCGAUGGUGCUAUACUACACCAACCGUGUUAGAAUUGCGCAGGAAUCAUGUUAACAAUCAUUUAAAGUUCAAGGCUAAACAGUACGUUAGGAGGCUUGAUGCUAGCGACAUCUUCUGUGGUGAUCGCGUAUGGAACGAAAUUGGCAUUGUUUGUUAGCUUUGAUAUUAGCUGAGUGUAUAUCAAAAUGAGCUAAUAUCAUUUGGAGAUGAUUACGUAAUAUUGAGAGUGCAGUGUUUACAAGAUGGAAAUUUAGCAUUGACAGUUCAUUUUGUGCAAGUGGCAUAACUUUUAUAAUAAAGAAUGUUGCUUAUGUCAUUAGCAUUAUUCCUUCAAAUUCACGAAGUCUCAAAUUUUUAUUUCACUUGGUAGUUGUGGUAGAGAUGGUUAAUGAAGUGCACUAGAGAUGCUAAUAUCACUAUCAAAAGUUGCGAGUAUCCUACAAAAAAGUGGAGAAAAAGAUGCCGUGACUCUAGAAAAGUAUGGUCUAUCGUGAUGCUCUAUCGAUCAAUAGUUAUCAUGAAGACUGUUCCUAUUUGAUUGCAUGCACUUCAUCUGUCGAGUACCAUGGCAUAACCAUCAUUACAUGUUUUGAUAUUCUGUAUCAAGUGUGAAAUUUCAUAUACCCCUGCCAAAAAAGUUGUGAGAUCAUACUGAUGCAUGAUGGUUGAUCAAUGUGUCUCACCACUGGUUUGGCACUACCAGCGAGAUAAAUAUUCAUUGUUGCCCUUUGGAAUCAUUGAAUUUCAGUCUUUUAACCGCUUCAUCCUUGACGCCAUGGCAUCUGACGAUGUAGGGAACGGAGAAAAUGCAUUAUCACAUGACAUAAGACUACAUUCUGGUAAUGCAGCCAUUGGUACCCUUCAUGAAAUUGUCGCUAAAAUGGUUUGUAGCAAAGUUGAACCAACAACAUGAAAAUUGCUUGGUGAAUUGGGAACAAGGGAUCAGCCCCCUUCCGCAAUCCAAUCAUAUCAGUUUGUUUAAAAUCAAUAUCGGCUGCCUGGGAUGAUAUAAAAUGAUGCAGGCUCAAUGGCAAGCUCCUUUUCCAAACAUGCAUUCCCCUGCACAGCUAUGGGUAAAUAAUUAAUCUACCAGCAAUCAUGAGAUAUGAAUUGAUGAUGUGACCUUAAUGAGGUCCCAAUCGUGAUUUAUAAGAGCUUAAGUAGAGAAUUUUCUCCUACAUUACUCUAUUCAGAUUGACAGAAUAUUCACCAUGCUGCAUUAACCCUCUAAGGCAGAGUUCCUAGUUGCUGCUUGGCAGCUAUAAGUUCAAAAUUUGAUGCAGGAGUCUGGCUCAAAUUUUAUAAAACUUACCUGACCAGUUAUGGCCUUUAUUUUAGCUUGACCUUUUUGAAUUGGUUGCACAGUCAAAAUAAAGUGCAAAUGAGGCACGCAGCACAUUCCAUCUUUAUCAGUCCAUUACCAGCUAUUGCGGGCCUAGCCAAUUAAGCCAAUUAGUGCACCUGCUUAAUUGGUCCUGGCAAGCCUAAUGGAAAAUGCAUAGGAAAUAUCAAUAAAGUUGGCUUUUUGGGCGGGGUGUAAAAAUGGUUUAUGCCUGUUUCGCCUAUUCCUGUUUCGCCUAUUCCUGUUUCGCCUAUUCCUGUUUCGCCUACAAAAUUCCUGUUUCGCCUAUUCCUGUUUCGCCUAUUCCUGUUUCGCCUACUUUCCAGUACCCCUACAAUAAAUCGACUCUCCCACGGGGAACCUUAGGGAUGCAUGUCCAUUUUAUGGGGAAAAUGUGAGGGGACAAUUGGAUGAUGUUAACGAUGUGAUGACAAUUUGACUAAUCAAAUGCCAUCAACUUUGUUAUGCCAUGACCGUUUUGAAAGAGUCACCUUGAAAGCGGGGACAGUCCGGGACUUAUUUGACCAUAGGACCAUAGGACCAUACUGACACACAGUAAAAACUAAUAGAUUAAGUAGAGUAAAGCAGUCGUUUAUUUUAUGAAAACUGAAUUCAUGAGUUUUUGAUAAAAAUACAUAAUAUUGUACAUUCUCAUAAUUAUUUGAUCAAAAUCAGCUGUAAAACCCAUGUCAUAAUAUACAUGUAGGUACAGCACAUAUAAAGUCAAACAAGGUGGAAAAUACAUAUCAUGAUAUUAUGUCCGACAAGGUAACUGAUGGCAUCAACGUAACUCAUUAUGUCCCUCUCUCCAUUGACGUAUUGUUUCAAUGCGUACAUAUGUGGCUCUCCUUGGGUUUGGUCGGUCAGUAAGGGACGGUUCAUAUUCCUACGUCUGUGGGGAGGUUAGCAAUACACUUGAAUAGGCGAAACAGGAAUUAGGCGAAACAGGAAUAGGCGAAACAGGAAUAGGCGGAACAGGAAUAGGCGAAACAGGAAUACACCGGUACACCGUAAAAAUAAUCCCAACUCCCGACUUCUGACAUAAUUCUAUAUAUGUCUAGGUAUUUACUGGCAAAAUUUGGAGUGAUUUGGAUGGAAAUUCGAUGUGUCCAUCUAUAGGUUGAAAAUUUUGGUAAAUCUGUAAUGCUUCACUCGUAGCCCGUAGUGUAAAUUCCUGAGAAAGUGGGUUUUGGGGGCUUUUCUAAUGGCGCUAGCUCCGAAACUAUACAUUUGAUACAAACUCCCGACUUCAGACGUGGUUGAUAUAACUCUUAGGAUUAUAUUCCCAAGAUUUCAGCUUUAUUGGAGAAAAAUUCAUAGUGUCCAUAGGGGGGUUGAAAAUUGGAGGAUUUUCAAUUUUUUUCCCAACAAAUAUGCGAAAAAUAUUACUUUCCACCUAGAAUUAAUCAAAAUUUCGCAAACUAUCAUAAAGUACUUCCUUGCAACAAUCAUUUGUGAAGCUUUCAAAACUUUUGGCUGAUUUAUUUGACCCUAAAUCAGCAAAAACCAAACAUUUUAGUGUUUGUAUGCACCAAUGCACAGGAGGCUAAUUGCCAGAUUAAUUCACAUCUUUCCAAUCUCAAACAAUAGGAAUGAUGGAGUCUCCCUCUAUUCAAAACAGAGUGUGCUAGGCCCGCAAUAGCUGGUAAUGCAUUGGAAAAACAUUUGAAGGUUCUUGCUGAAGGCAGUUAAUUGAUGGCCAACUUGAGCAAUCAUUAACAAAAGAUUUCUUCGGUAUUUAGGUUACUAUAUAGGCUACCUAGGGUAAUUCUAAGAACUGUCUAAGAACUGUCUGUUAACUGUCUGUCUAUAGUCUUGGAAAACUACAUAAAAAAGUACAUAUGCAAAUUGGUGACAUUAAAAAGGUGAUGUGGGUCAUGAUGCCAUCUCAGCCAUUCAAGGCCGGUUUGAUACCAAGCCACUCUGUUUAGCAAGUAGUGAUACAUACAGUAGAACCUCUCUAUUAAGGACACCCUCGGGACUGACAAAUGCUGUCCUCAAUGGAGAGGUGUCCUGACUAGAGUGGUCAAAUUGAAUGGAAAAACCCAAUUUGGGACAAAACUAGUGUCGUUAAUAGAGAGGGUGUCCUCAAUAGAGAGGUGUCCACUAAGGGAGGUUCCACUGUAUUUGAACACAUCUCCUUGGGGUUAUUUUUGUAAUGUUUGGGCAUUUUCAUAUUUGCCUUGCUAAUUGUAAUCACACUUUAUUAGGUGAAGAAAAAUGACCACAUCUGCCAUUCAUCUUUCUAGUAUUAUAAUGUUUUACUCUGUUUUCCCUUGAUCGAUUCUAUUCAGUAUUUCGUUAUAUUCUUCCUGUAGUCAUCUUCACCAUCUCAAGUAUUAUACUUCUUUUAGUAUCUGUCUGGCAGUUUCCAAAAUCAAUUCCUUGUCGCAGGAUGCCCUCUGAUUCUUUGUGGAUAUUAUUCCGCUCAGCAUAGCAUGGACUUUGGAAAGAUGCCCUUAGAUGAUUCCUAUGAAUGAUGGUCAAAUUAUAUCAAUGUCAGGAACAACAAGGUGGGGGGCUAAUUCCGUAAUGUCAGACCUCCAAAUUAGCCAGCCAGGUCAAAUCACCGAGGUGACGAAACACGGUGAUCAUGCAGUAUGAGAAUCGUGCACUAAAGAUUUGGUGCAUCAAAUCAAUCUGACGACUGACAGACAUAGAUUUAGUGCAUCAAAUCAAUCUGACGACUGACAGACAUAGAUUUGGUGCAUCAAAUCAAUCUGACGACUGACAGACAUAGAUUUAGUGCAUCAAAUCAAUCUGACGACUGACAGACAUAGAUUUGGUGCAUCAAAUCAAUCUGACGACUGACAGACAUAGAUUUGGUGCAUCAAAUCAAUCUGACGACUGACAGACAUAGAUUUGGUGCAUCAAAUCAAUCUGACGACUGACAGACAUAGAUUUGGUGCAUCAAAUCAAUCUGACGACUGACAGACAUAGAUUUGGUGCAUCAAAUCAAUCUGACGACUGACAGACAUAGAUUUGGUGCAUCAAAUCAAUCUGACGACUGACAGACAUAGAUUUAGUGCAUCAAAUCAAUCUGACGACUGACAGUCUGUCUAGUUGGGAUUCUGGCCAGAGCCUUUGGCAUCUUGUAAUCGAGUUAAACAAAGUGUCCCAAAGUUAUUUCCCAGUUGUAUCCCAUUGGAAAAAAGUUUAAACCUACCACUACUUGAGGUUGAGAUGCUUAUAGUCUUGAGCGCUACUCGAUCAGUUCACUCAGUUUGUACUCGUAAGUUUGCUUGAGUGCUGAAAACCCGGAAAUACUCGUGGCCACUUUAUUCUGCGGUUUUGUGAAGUUGCAAGUUUUGCUUACUUUCAAUUUAGCGUUCGAACAACCCUGUAACAGUCAUUUCAUUUUCAAGGCCGUGUAUUUUCUCAAUUGUAUGGCUUUGUCAUGUAUUAAUUAUCAUGACAAUAGAUGCUUGAGAGAGCUGUUGUGUUCUGUUGAAAGUAUUUGCAUUGAUUUCGACUCCCCUUGGUAUAAACAGAAGAUAGAUUCUAAAAUUGAUUGUCUAAACAAUUUUCAUUUGUCCAGCGCAUGGUCACAUGUGUCAUGUGCCAUCUGACAAUAUAAAAUCAGGGUCUGAUCUGUUCUGGAGUCCAUGAGCUAGGGUUCAGAUGGUUAUGUCAAGAUAUAUAAGAAAACCAUGGACCAUUGAUCAUAUAUUAUAGUCCAACGAGUGUGUGCGGCCCCUCGAAGCAUUAGUGAGAUUAGUUAGGCAUAUAAACUAUUCUACUGUGUGUACGCUAUUUAGCCAAUUAAAGGGUGCCUGUACACAUGAACCAAAAAUGGGAAGGGGAACAUUUUCUGGGGCACCCCGCCGACUGCCUGUUGUGUAAGGUAGACCUUAUUCAUGGACAAUUCAGUAUCUUAUUUUAAAAAGUAUUUUUAUGUGACAUUUUUUCUUGAGUCACGCUGUACAGUAUCAUUCAGAUGCCAAGUUAUCUCUUUACAUUGUGUUGAGACAGAUUGGUUGGUAUGGUUAUUUUUAUAAGGAUUUUGUAUGAACAUCAUGUGGUCACUUGGACUUUGUUGUGUAAGUGUCAGAUAUUGUGACAUAUUAUCAUACAACCUGAACCUCAUGGUUUAUAUUCCCUAUAGCGAGAUAUCGAGGGUGUUAUCGAGAAUUUUAAAAAUAUGACAUUAUGCGUAUAUCAUUUACAUGAUUGUACUGUAACAUCUGGUGAUAAUCCCUGCAUCUGGUUAAUACUUAGUAAAUGCAUUUCCAGGGAUCUUCAAUGGGAACAGGCCACUUAAUGCUGGGAUAAGUUUUGAGUACAUGUCACACAAUUUUCGAAUUGGUUUAUGUAGGGUUCACUUUUCCACCUGUAACGUGUAACUUUACUUGUCAUUCGUGACAUGAAGAACAAAAAAGUCAUCUGAAAAGAGGGCGCUACGUACGAUUCAUAUCGUAACUUUCCCCUCAUGUCAUGUCUUGUCACGUUUUCAAGCCUAAGUGUGACAAGUGACAGGUGAAAAUGAACCAUGGCAGGUGACAACAUCAAUCCAAUACACAUCUUUCCAGAAAUGGGGCGCUGAGUGUCCAAAAUAGUGAUGUCAUAAGGGGAAACUAGGCCUUAUGGUGGAGGGACAAAGGAGAUAGUCAUGGUUGACCAACACACUUGCAUGCCUUUGAUGACGGACAAGGGGGAAAAAGUUAGUUUCAGUGCAAGCCACCAACUUCGGGAAGCAUCUAUAAACGCAGCAUUAUUGGUCCCACUCCUAGUUGAUACAAAACAGCAUGUAGUGUAGGGUGUGAAGCUCUGGGUAGCUUGUUGAGUCGGUGUAAAUUAUGCACACUUCACUCAAAAUAUUGUGGAUACCACCCCAUACAUUGUAACUCCUGUUUGUAACACAGUUUAUGUUUAUAGUUUGGCUUUAUAUAUAUAUGUACACAACUGACACGGUUUCUCCUUGUUAGUCCACAUGCAUUAUUUAACCAGACUGUGUUUCCAUCUUGUGGGUGUUGAUUCAACCAAUAUCAACUUCAGGUGUUGGGAGUUUUUGCAAAUCUCCCAAAAUGCCAACGUGAAUGCCUAUCUCAUUGUUUGAACUCCUGAUAAGUUGAACGAUCGGAUAGGCGUCCACAAGGGUUUUGCGAAAGCUCCCUAAUAUUUACCUCUAUACCACCACUGGUCACCAUAUCGGAAGAGGACCUCCCUCAAAAUUUAAGUGUUAGCCUCUUUUCGAGGACUUUGUGAAAGCUAUAUACCUGCACUGGUCUCCAUACUCGGAAGAGGACCUAGCUCCCUCAAAAUCAGUUUGCUAAAAUUUUAAGUGUUGGCCCCUUUUCAAUAUAGAAAUGGGACACAUCGUUACUGUUGGAUGAUACUAACAUUGUGCUAGUUGUAUCAUGGUCCGUCUUCAGCGAGUCAUAUCAUUUAUAUACCGAAGUACAUGUCUGUCCAAUGUUAUUGAAAGAAAUAAAGCAGACCACUGUGUUGAGUGUCAAUUUUGUCUUCA